UUCGGAGGCAGCCGUUAAGGCGGAGCGGGGUCUCGUGAGGGGUGUGCGUGUUUGCGGCGGUUAAUAUUUGAACGUGGACGUGGGAGAGACUUGCUGAGGAGCCUCGGGAGUUUGGAGCUGGAGCCCGGAGAAGCCGCUUCCUUCGGAAGGCGCCUUUUUCCCUCCCUGGGCCCAGGCCGUGCGAGAGGCUGAGGGCUUGUAAUCCUGAAAUCGUGCACCUAGGCGCUGUUGCCUUGUGUGCAUAAAAUACAGUUUACUAUGUCUUCGGAUGGGAGCGAGUGGGAGCUGAGCAAGGAGAAUGUGCAGCCUCUUAGGCAAGGACGAGUGAUGGCUACCCUACAGGAAGCUCUGGCUCAGCAAGAUGUUUCCAGCCAUACAGCCAUCCAGCAGCAAAAGCGGGAAUUUGAAUCUGAAAUUCGCUUUUAUAAUGGAGAUGAUCCACUGGAUGUCUGGGACAGGUAUAUUAAAUGGACAGAGCAAACCUUUCCUCAAGGUGGUAAAGAGAGCAACCUUUCUGUUGUUUUGGAGAGAGCUGUUAAAGCACUGAAUGAGCAGCAGAGAUAUUACCAAGACCCCCGCUAUCUCAGUAUCUGGCUUAAGUUUGGUAGCUGUUGUAGUGAACCCCUGGACCUAUAUAGCUAUAUGUACAGCCAAGGGAUAGGCACAUCCCUGGCACAACUCUUCAUCACUUGGGCCGAGGAACUUGAGGCAAGAGGGAAUUACCAGAAAGCUGACUUGAUAUUCCAGGAUGGGUUGCAGUUCAAAGCUGAGCCUUUAGAUAAACUACAGUCCCAUCACAGGCAGUUCCAGGCCCGUGUGUCUCGACAGGCCUUGCAAGAUCUAGAAGAUGCUGAUGGAGAAGAGGAGUUGGGUGCUCUUGCUUCUGAACCUCAAAGAGCUACACUGGCAGAACUGAAGGGAAGAGGAAAGAAAAUGGUGAAAGCACCAAUCAGCCGUGUAGGAAAUGCUGUGAAGCUCCCCAGCCAGGAACAGAGACUCCAUAAUUCAUCUCAGCAAGCAUCACAUCGCCCAGGCUUUGCCAUAUUUGAUGAGAACAGAGUUGUAGCUCCUAGAGCUGAGGUUCCUGCACUUGUACCACAGCCAUGGGUUGUACCUCCAGCAGUAAAGGCUAAGGAGAAUGAACUGCAGGCAGGACCUUGGAACACAGGCAGGCGUCCUCGGAACAAUUUGGUUUCUGCUACUGUUUCCCCUGCUGUAGUCCCUAGCUUUACUCCAUAUGUUGAAGAGUCUGCACAACAACAAACAAUGACUCCUUGUAAAAUAGAGUCUAGCAUAAACUGUGUGCUAAGCACUUGGAAGCCUGGAAAGGAGGAGGAUCCCCUACAUCGUGUGCAAAGUCAUCAACAGGAUGGCCAGGAGAAGAAAGAAAAGCCAAUGUAUUGUAAAGAGAAAGUCUAUGCUGGAGUGGAGGAGUUUUCCUUGGAGGAGAUCAGAGCUGAAAUCUACCGGCAGAAAGCAAAAAAGAGAAGAGAAGAGGAACUACAGGCCUUAGCACAGAAAAAAGCUGAGUUACAAAGGAAAAUUGAGGAGUUGGAGAAGAUGGCGAGAGAGCGGCAAGGAAAUGAUGAGCAGAGAUCAUGUGCACAGCAAGUAGUGGAGCAGGAGCCUGCAGGUGUGCCUUCUGACAAGGCAGAGGCUGAGAUUCUGAAGCAUCCUUUAAAGGAAAGACAACUCUCUCUGGCAGAUGAUGAAGCAUUUGUUGAAGAAUGCCUUUCAGAUGUUUUUUCAUUGAAAAGCAAUCUUGAUAUGGUUGGAAAUGUUCCACACGAGGAAUCAAGCUCUAGCGAUUUUGAAAUUCCUCCUCCAGUGAAUCCUUUGACAUUUUCUAUAUUUGUUGAAGAAUCUGCGUCAGAAAAUGCGAGUACCAGUCUUUCUACUGGCCCUCCAGUGGGACGUUCCAGACGAGUUCUUGGUGUUCGCAAACCUUCAGAAAGUAUAACUGCCAAGGAAAAUAUAUCCCCUGAAAUUUUUGCUGAACUCAGUGAAAUCGAACCAUUGAGUGAAGAUGCAAUUCUCACAAGCCCGUAUAAGAACAAAACCCUCUGCCCUAAUCCUGAAGACACCUGUGACUUUGUUAGGGCUGCCCACCUGGCAUCAACCCCUUUCCAUGAGAUAACAGAACAGAGGAAUCAUCUUGAUGACAAGCUUGAAGACAUACCAAAGGAAGAACACCCAAAAUCUAAGCCUACAUCUCUGAGCCAGCAGACAAUUCUUGAUGAAAAUCAAUAUGCUGAGGCCCUCUCUACGAAGAAGCUGAGCCCAAUUAUGGAGGCAAGUCAGGAAGAUACCGCAUCUUCAGCAUCUUCAUGUUCCCCUACACAAAUCUCUAAAUUUCAACAAAUCCCAGAGAAGCUGGAGUUGGCUCAUACCUCAACUGAUGAACUUGUCAGUGAUGUUGAAAAUGGCUCUAGUUACUCUCCUGACGGGCUGUGGAAUGCCGAGCGGCGCAAACAACUGUUGCAACCUUUUUCAGACUUGUUGACAAAGUCUCCUGACUUUAAAUUGGAGGCUCAGCCUAUGCCUUGGAUGGAGCUAGGAAAAGAAGUUCAUAUUGGGAGUGUGAAAUACUGUAUCACUCAGGAGCAUCUGAUCAGUGAAGGUGACAAGCUGUUUUCUGCUGUAACAGCCAGCUGUGCAGAUGAAGAAAAUACAUUUUUAAUAAAGGUGCAUUCAGAACCUCUGCCAUGGGACUUCUAUAUCACGCUGAAACUCCAAGAGCGUCUAGGCACUGAGUUUGAUCAGAGCUUUAAUGCAAACUUCUCUUGUUUCUUAUACCACAAUGGCUGUGUGACUCUGCACAAGGGGAUAAGUGAUGUUACUGUCCAGGAUAUGAUUCAUACCCUGCCCCAAGAAGAAGUCAUGUUGAUUGUCAACAAUCUUCUAGAAGUGGUGGAGAAAUUACACAGAGUGGAGAUAGUCCAUGGAAAUCUGCAUCCAAGGACACUAUUCUUGGGAGACAGAAUUUGCAAAUCGAAUGCUGUUGCUGAGACCACCAGUGCUCUGAAAAUAGUGGAUUUCUCCCACAGCUUAGAUCUGCAGCUGCAGCCAGCAGUGAAUUCACUAAAAAGUUUUCCAAUAGCUCAGACCCAGAACGGGCAACAGAUCCUUGAUGAAAAAUCACUUCCUCACCAGGUGGACUUGCUUGGCAUUGCAGACACAAUACAUCUAAUAUUGUUUCGGGAGCCCAUGAAAGUUUAUCAGGAGAAAGGCCACUGGAAAACGAUGAGAGACUUAUCUCAGUCUGCUGGCAGUGACUUGUGGAGUAAAUUCUUUGAAAGAAUUCUAAACGCAAAAGGCGAGUCUACUGUGCCUCUGCUGAGAGAGCUAAGACAAGAACUGAGUGCUGCAUUUCAGUUCUUCCCCAGUGAUCCCUCGGCAAAUCUGGAACCUCUUCUGACUUAGAGGAUAUACCCUUCUAAGACCACCCCGUUUUUCUACACCCCUCCUUGCUUCACUCUCUCUCACCUCCCCAAGCACAAGUGAGAGUUCUUGCUUGAUCUUCUUUUACUUUGAGGUGUACAGUGUAUAAACAGUUGAAAUACUGCUUGCAUUUAUUUCUUCAUGUCUUUGUAAAAGUACGUUUGUAAAAGAUGCCUUACUUACAUGUACAGUUCAUCUAUUCUUUGGAGGUACCCCUCUGUGCCACAUUAAAGCUUCCUUGUGUACAGCUGCUAAAAUGUCUGUUAAAUAUUGUUUCAUAGCAGCUUGAAUUCUUUAUCCUUGCAUUCUUAUAAAUACGUGGCCUGUUCUGUCCACUCCUUGUAAACACCUUUCAAUAAAACUAUGUUGUGCUCACCUGUAUUCAGCCACUUGGAUUUCAGAAUUUGUCACCUGGUUGCUGAGGCUAUUGGUUUUUUGUGACUUACAAUGGGAUGAAAUGUUAUGCUGCUGGUGGCUCUUGCAACAAUUUGCUUUGCCUGUUUGUUUGUUUUUAAGUAUUUUUUUAUUUGCCAGUUUAUUUUGAGUAGGCACAGCAACUAAAAGUGUGUUUGAGCUGUAACAAAAUUCAAGAACUGAAAUAUCAGGACUUAAGUUAAAACUAGAUAUAAUAAUUGUUUACAUAAUUAAU